UAAUAAAAGUGACGACUUCAAUUUAGUUUUCGUUGCAUUCAUUGCAGAAAACCCCGCUUCGCAGAGAUAUGAUGUUGGAAAUGGAAGCAACGUUUUCAGUGCUUUGGUGGCUAUCUGAGGAUAUUCAGCCUUGACUUUGGUCCAGAAUGCCGGCAGAGAUGUUAUGUCAAAUAUACUUCUCAGCCCACCGUCAUUUGCAAGCUGGAGUUGACCUUCUUCCCGCGCUGACACGGAUGACGCGUGGGUCAUGACCUCGCGUGCGUUCGUCCCAGCAGUGGGCGUGACAGGGAGUGAGGAAGGUGGUGCUGACUCGUAUCGUUUCAUCGCGGCCCGGUACCGGCCCUCAUAUGUUAACCCUCUCGUUCCCGGUAUCAUUCUAGUGAAUCUUCUCUGAACCCUCUCUUAGAUAAGGAGCCCAAAACAGCACACAGUAAAGUACAGUUCCAACACCAUAGACAAGUUUGCUGACGACACUACUGUCACUCCCGGUGGUUGGGGACCACUGGGUUAGCGCGCUCAGACUCCGGUAGUCCGAAAGGCUUUGCCUUUUUGCGUGUGUAGCAGGAAUCCCUGUCUGUGAUGGCGUCCUUCUGAUCUGUCUUCUUUCUACAAGACACAGCCUAGAAAGAAGAUUAUUUUGCCACUUUAGUUGUCCUGUUUAUCAGCACACUGAGAGCAAUGGAAGGUGAUGGGGACUUUGUACACUGUGGAUCCGCGCUUGUGAAAACUGAAAGACCUCAACUUGUGGAAAAGAGCAAUACCACAUCAGAAGUGUGGAGAUACUUUGGUUUCCAACCUGGUAGUGAUGGGAGGCCAGAAAAUAUUGAAACCCCAGUCUGCAAAAUCUGUUUCCGAGUCAUUCCAGCUAAGGCCUCAAACACAAGCAAUCUUUAUGCACAUCUGAAAUCCCAGCACCCUCACAUUUACAUUGAGGUCAAAAGCAAACCCAACCAGGCUCCAACUACUCCAGCUUCAUCUGGGGAACCAAACAAAGAUCAGACAACUACGAUGCGGGAAAUCUUUCAGCGGAAAGAUAAAUUUGAUCCGAAACCCCGAGAGCACAAGGAGCUGACUAAAGCUGUGACAUAUUUUGUCACAAAGGAUAGGAUGCCUCUGAGUACUCUUUCCAAGCCUGGCUUUCAACACCUCUUGAAUAAGUUUAACCCCAAGUAUGAGCUGCCGAGCAAGAACUACUUCUCUAGAGUAGCUAUUCCAUCACUCUAUGCAGAUGUUCGCAAAGUUGUGGAGAGAGAAUUAAAGAAUGGGGAUUGUUUUGCUGCAACUGUUGAAACGUGGACAUGCAGAAGCAAUGAAAUGUACCUAACAUGUGGGGUUCAGUAUGUGGAUAGUGAUUGGAUCCUCAAAACACACUGUUUGCAGACCCAGUACUUACCAGAUGAACACACUGGUCAGAGUUUAAAAUGUGCUCUUGAAGAUGUGUUGGAGGAAUGGGGGUUAGAUCCUACUAGCCUUGUUGCUGUCACUACAGAUAAUGGAUCCACUGUUAAACAUGCCUGUGAGUUGUUAGGCUGGAAAAGAAUUAGCUGCUUUAGCCAGAACCUGCAAAGUUCAAUCCAAGAGGGUCUUGAAGAUUCACGCAUUGAACGAAUUAUCCAGCUAUCUCGUCAAAUAUUCUCUCAAAUUUCACGCAGUUGCAAAAGGAAGAGGGAAUUUUCUAUAGCUCAGGGUCAGAAGGGACUUCCAAGAAAUUCACUAAAAACAGAUGUUAACAACCAGUGGGGAACAACUUUAGACAUGCUUGAAAGGUUUCUUGAGCAACAGGAUGCUAUCAGAGCUGUAUUAGCCCAUGACCGUAAGAUAUGUCGUCUUGUUCCAACAUGGCAAGACAUUGAUGUUCUUGAGUCCAUUGUAAGUGUUUUACGCCCAUUCCGUGAAAUGACAGAAGCUCUGUCUUCUGAGAAAUUCAUUGCCAUUUCAGCAAUAAAUCCUCUUAUAAAACAUAUAUGUAAUGAUCUUGUCAGAGACGAACAAGAGGAGCUAACUCUUGGGUUUCUAACGAGAAUGAGAAUAAAGCGAGACCUUGAAAUACGAUAUGGAGACCCAGAAUUGGUUCAUUUUCUGGAUAAAGUUACAUUCAUUGACCCCCGAUUCGGUCCCACAUGUGUAGACAAUCUUGAAAAUGUUCUGCAGCAGAUUAAAGGAGAAGUACUUGCUGGUAAAGUGGCUGAAGAACCCUCAAUAUUUCAAAUAGGCUAUGAUGGCUCAACACUUUCUCCAUCAAGUUGGUAUGAUCGAGAUAGCCCAGGGCCAAGUCAUCCAAAGAAAGCUAAAUAUGGAGGAGGUCUUGCAAAGGUAUUUGGAAAGCAGAGUGGAGAUGGAGACACAGACAGAACAGUGACUGCUUCAGUUUCUCUGCAGGAGCAGCUUGAUCGAGAGCUGGACUUUUAUUUCAAGGAACCAAAACUCUCUCUGGAAAACUGUCCUCUUCAGUGGUGGAAAGCCACUCAGAAUUGUCUGCCCUUGUUAGCAAAACUAGCCAAAAAGUAUCUCUGCAUCUCUGCAACGAAUGUGAUAUCAGAAAAAGCGUUCAAUAGAAGUACUUCUGCAUUUGCCGAGUAUCGAAGCAGUGUGAAGCCGAAACAUAUGGACCAGCUGGUGUUCUUAGCUGAAAACCUCCCAUGAGCUUGAGGACUUUGAGAAUAACUGUUUCUGUUACUGUGAAUAGUUAAGUGAGUAGAAGAUGAACUGAUCUCCAAAAGUCUUAAAGUUAAAGAUGAAACAUUCUUUUCAACAUUUUAAGCAAGAUUAGUGUUAUUAUUUUUGUUCUGUACAAUGUUAGAGUUUAAAAAAAAGGAAAGGAGCACCAUGCAAAAGUUUGGAAAAAAAUUGAGCUAUCAGAUAACUUUUACCAGGUUCUCAGACCUUAAUUAGCUUGUUAGGGCUAUGGCUUGUUCACAAUCAUUGUUAAGAAAGGCCAGGUGAUGCAAAUUUCAAAGCUUUAUAAAUACCCUGACUCCUCAAACCUUGUCCCAACAAUCAGCAGCCAUGGGCUCCUCUAAGCAGCUGCCUAGCGCUCUGAAAAUUAAAAUAAAUGAUGCCCACAAAGCAGGAAAAGGCUAUAAGAAGAUUGCAGAGCAUUUUCAGGUAGCCAUUUCCUCAGUUCAUAAUGUAAUUAAGUAAGGGCAGUUAACAGGAACGGUGGAGAUCAAGUUGAGGUCUGGAAGACCAAGAAAACUUUCUGAGAGAGCUGCUCGUAGGAUUGCUAGAAAGACAAAUCAAAACCCCUGUUUGACUGCAAAAGACCUUCAGGAAGAUUUAGCAGACUCUGGAGUGGUGGUGCACUGUUCUACUGUGCAGUGACACCUGCACAAAUGUGACCUUCAUGGAAGAGUCAUCAGGAGAAAACCUUUCCUGUGUCCUCACCACAAAAUUCAGCAUCAGAAGUUUGCAAAGGAACAUCUAAACAAGCCUGAUGCAUUUUAGAAACAAGUCCUGUGGACUGAUGAAGUUAAAAUAGAACUUUUUGGCCGCAAUGAGCAAAGGUACAUUUGGAGAAAAAAGGGUGCAGAAUUUCAUGAAAAGAUCACCUCUCUAACUGUUAAGCAUGGGGGUGGAUCGAUCCUGCUUUGGGCAUGUGUUGCAGCCAUUGGCACGGGGAACAUUUCACUGGUAGAGGGAAGAAUGAAUUUAAUUAAAUAUCAUCAAAUUCUGGAAGCAAACAUCACACCAUCUGUAAAAAGAAAGCUGAAGAUGAAAAGCUUCUACAACAGGAUAAUGAUCCUAAACACACCUCAAAUCCACAAUGGACUACCUCAAGAGGUGCAGGCUGAAGGUUUUGCCAUGGCCCUCACUGUCCCCGACCUAAACGUCAUCGAAAAUCUGUGGAUAGACCUCAAAAGAGUAGUGCAUGCAAGUUGGCCCAAGAAUCUCACAGAACUAGAAGCCAUUUGCAAGGAAGAAUGGGCAAAAAUCCCCCAAACAAGAAUUGAAAGACUUAGCUGGCUACAGAAAGCUUUUAUAAGCUGUGAUACUUGCCAAAGGAGGUGUUACUAAGUACUGACCAUGCAGGGUGCCCAAACUUUUGCUUCGGGCCCUUUUCCUAUGUUAUUUUGAAACUGUAAAAGAUGGAAAUAAAAAAGUAAUCUUGCUUAAAAUAUUAAAGAAACGUGUUACCUUUAACUUUAUGCCUUUUGGAAGUCAGGUCAUCUUUUACUCACUUAGCUAUUCACAGUAACAGAAAUUAUGACCAGGGAUGCCCAAACUUGCAUGCCACUGUAUGUUCUCCUUGAGCCAAGUAACUGCUGUGUUUUUGUUGCUUAGCUUACAGAUUUUGUUUGUCCCUCUUGGCUGUUUACUCCUCUUUACAAUCAGAUAUGAAGAACUUCCUUCUACUUUAUGAUUCUUCAAGAAUGGUGGUGAGAGGUGGUCACGAUGCUCUCUGCUGAGCCCAUCAUUUAUCAGUAGAAAACACCUCUGUGCAAACUCAUAACUUGGUGGUUAGGUGUUGCACACUGAUUUGUUGGUUCCUUCCAAGCCAAAUUAUCCAUGGUUUUAUUCAGUUGACUAAUUAAUACAUAAUCUUCUUGGAAGUGAUUUAAAUAAAAAUUGGGCUCUUCUUAUUCGGCUUUAUGUACCUUUCUGUCAGUAACUUGCAUGCUUGCAUAUCUGAAUAAUGGUUACAUGGAAGUUUCCAUGUGUAUUUAUAGUAACAUGCUUCUUUUCUGUCAACUAAUUCGAAAAUGUACACUGACUGUACAGAUGUCACAUCAGAAAAGAAAAUAAGGUAAACAGGGAGGUAGUUAAUGAUUCAGCAUUCAACUAUCCAAGUGGUCAAGUCAUCUGAAUGUUUUGGAACAUCUGUUUAAAACUGUAUUCAUAUGUUGAGAGACUUUCUAAAUCUAAAUAGAGGAACUCUUGCUGUAGGUGGAGGAUAGAUACUGAACUAUUUAAAUUUAUGUGACUGCAAUAUUUAAAUGCUGGUUAUUUAUAUAUUACUAUGUUUUGUGUAUACCAUUUUAACCACAAAUAUUAUGGCCUAUAAUGCUUUUUAAUGUUAGCAUUUAACAUUUAUAAUUGGUUUCUUUCUGUAAAAAUAUGUAAUUAAAAAUAAUGGAAAAAUGUAUAAAAUGCCAGCAUUAUGAUUUGUUGAUAAAUCAUUUAAAUAAAACCAA